AUGAAGGGUAUAAUAUUUAUUUGUUUGUUAUCACUUUCGGUGUGCUUCAGUCUCCCAAAUAAAGAAGAUGCACCAACUGCUAAACAUACACCACCAGUCCCCAUAGUGGAAUCCUCUCCACCAGAAUCUAAAAAAGAGGCAGAUUCCAAGCCAAAAGAGCAGGCACCAGUACCCCCAGUACAUGAGAAAGAUGCUGCUAAGGAUUCUGCUACGACUACUGUAACACCAACUAAUCCAAAAAAUGAGAGCACAGAUGCAAGUAAUAACAAAACUGAAAAAAAUGAAACCAAAACGACAGAUGUCCCCACAUCAACAAUAGAACCAGUAAAGAAUAAAACUGAUGCAACUCCGGCAGCUAAUCCUACCACACCCCCAGCAUCUACCCCAACUUCUACCCAAUCUACAGAACCCAAAAAGGAUGACACUAAACCAGACGACAAAAGCAAUAAACCAACAGAAAAGAUUGAAGCAUCUACUGUUGCACCUAAAGUUUUGCAGGCAUCAUCCAGAUCAUUCGAUGGCGCAAGUUUCAUCGGCGGCAUCAUAUUGACCCUGGGUCUCCUUGCAGUAGGCUUUAUGGGAUUCAAAUACUACAAGAACCAAACGGAAAGGAACUACCACACUCUCUAG